AUGAAGCCCUCCGAGCCGGAAACUUUCCUGUUUACCUCUGAAUCAGUUGGGGAAGGCCAUCCAGAUAAAAUUUGUGAUCAGAUUGCGGAUUACAUUCUAGAUGUCUGCUUGAAGGAUGACUCUCUAUCAAAGGUUGCCAUUGAGGUUGCCAUUCGAAAGGACCUGGUCAUUGUGUUUGGUGUCGUAGAGUCGACCGUCGCUCUUGACGCCGACGAAAUCGUCCGUCAUGUCCUCAAAGAUAUUGGUUAUAAUUCCCCAGAGCAGGAAAUUGACUAUCGAACAUGUCAAGUAAUGGACUAUGUUGAGCGACGAGCCCCCAGUCUUUCGCGGAAAGUACCUGGCUGUAUGUGUGUUUCUUGCCCUAAGCCGGCCGAGGAAAAAGCAGGAGAUCAGGGAAUCAUAUUCGGCUACGCCUCCGAUGAGACUAAUCAAUUGCUACCUAUGACUAUCGAUCUUUCUCACAAAAUCUCGCUGCAGAUGAAGUUUGCGCGUGUCAAGGGCACCCUCCCAUGGCUGCUUGCAGACACCAAAACACAGGUGACAAUGGAAUAUAUGGAGGAUGAUGGGAGGGUGAUACCCAUUCGUGUUCAUACCAUUGUCCUUACUGCCCAGCAUACGCCCGAUGUGACCGUCGAGAAGCUUCGUGAAGCAAUCCUCGAUCAGGUCAUUCGGAAAGCGAUCCCACCCAAGUACCUUGAUUCCAAGACCAUCUAUCAUAUCCAACCAACUGGAGAUGAAGGGGUGACUCCAUCUGGGAAAUUCGCUGGGGUUACAGGUCGUAAGAUCGUGGUGGAUACCUAUGGCGGGUGGGGAGCUCACGGUGGGGGUGCGUUCUCUGGAAAGGAUUUCAGACAGGUUGAUCGAUCUGCCGCGUACAUGGCGCGAUGGAUCGCAAAGUCAAUCGUGCAUGCAGGUCUUGCGCGACGGUGUUUGAUCCAGCUCUCGUAUUCAAUCGGAAUUGCUCAACCGCUGAGUAUCUACGUUCAGACUUACGGCACGAGCAAGCUGAGUUCUGUGGAGCUAGAGCGAAUCGUAUUUCAAAACUUCGACAUGCGCCCGGCGGCCAUCGCAAAUGCGCUAGGACUGACACGUCCUAUUUACUAUUUGACGUCCAAGCAAGGCCAUUUCACGAGCAUGUCGUUUCCAUGGGAAAAUCCCAAAGAGCUGUCGGUGAUCUAG